AUGGGCGGCUCUCCGGAAAGCGCCUGUUUUGACUACGGACGGAAUGCUGCGGAACAAGACGACCGGCCAAAUGACAGCGAUUCUGGAACCGAGGCCGAGAUUGGCAGAAGACUGCCGGCAGAAACAGCACCGGAACGGCCUUGCCCGCUGCCAAAUUGUGUGCGGAAAGCCGGCGAUGGAGUCUGUGAUCCGGAAUGUGACCGUGUGGAGUGCGGUUGGGAUGGGGCGGAUUGCGAUGGCUCCGCAGUGCAUCCGUUUAGCCGCUGUCCGGCGGAGGCGUUUUGCGCGAAGGCAUUCCGGAACUCAAAAUGUGAUCCGGUAAGUGCGGAAUGA